UUACUCAACUCAACCAGAUAGUUACCUAGUAAGAAACGGUGUGAAAUAGACCAGAAGUGUGGUGUAGAGAGGUUAAGAGGAGCUGUGAUUGGUUUGGUGGGGAUCUUACGUGCCCGGGGUCUGAAUGCAGUCUGUAUCGCGGCCCAUCGCAGGGGAUCGGUUCAUGGUGAAUUUCAUUUGUUCUUCAAAUCUGCACAACUGAAUCUCACAUCAUGUCGGGAGCCUACGAUGAGGCGGCUAUGUCCGAUGAGACUACAGACAGUUUCUGGGAGGUUGGGAACUACAAGCGAACAGUGAAGCGGAUCGAAGAUGGUCAUCGUCUCUGUAACGACAUGAUGAAUUGCAUACAGGAGCGUGCCAAAAUAGAAAAGUCUUAUGCACAGCAGCUCACCGACUGGUCGAAGAGAUGGAGACAGCUUGUGGAGAGAGGACCACAGUAUGGUACUCUGGAGAGAGCCUGGCUCGCCAUGAUGACCGAGGCUGAGAAAGUCAGCGAGUUGCAUCAGGAGGUUAAAAAUAAUCUGCUGAACGAGGACUUGGAGAAGGUGAAGAAUUGGCAGAAAGAUUCCUACCACAAACAAAUGAUGGGCAGCUUUAAAGAGACCAAAGAGGCUGAAGAAGGCUUCAGAAAAGCCCAGAAGCCCUGGGCCAAAAAACUCAAAGAGUUGGAAACAGCGAAGAAAACGUACCACAUGGCCUGCAAGGAAGAGAAAAUAGCAUCAACAAGAGAGGCCAAUAGCAAAGCAGAAGCAUCUGUGACAUCAGACCAGCAAAAGAAACUUCAGGAGAAACUGGACAAGUGUAAAAAUGACGUUCAGAAGGCCAAAGAGAAAUAUGAUAAGAGUCUGGAGGAGCUCGGCAAGUGCACACCGCCGUACAUUGAGAACAUGGAGGCCGUGUUUGAACCCUGUCAGCAAUUUGAGGAGAAGAGGUUAAACUUCCUCCGUGAGGUUCUUCUUGAUAUCAAACGACAUCUUAACCUCACUGAGAACCAAAGCUAUGCCACAGUUUACCGGGACCUGGAGCGAACCAUCACGUCAGCCAGUGCUCAAGAAGAUCUAAAGUGGUUUAGUAAUAACCAUGGGCCUGGCAUGCACAUGAACUGGCCACAGUUUGAGGAAUUCAAUCCAGAUCUGAGUCAUUCCAUAAAUAAGAAAGAAAAGGUUAAAAAGAACCAUGAUGGAGUGACUUUAACUCAAAUGUCAAUGGGCGGAGAUCAAGGCACACCGAAAACCGGAGACCGCGGCAGCGUGAGCAGCUAUGAGAAGAACCAGCAGUAUUCUGCCGAGUGGUCCGACGAUGAGCCACCUGCCGCCCAACCUGUAGACGAAACCAACGGAGGUGAAAAUCCAUUCGAUGAGGACAGCAAAGGAGUACGAGUCAGGGCGCUGUACGACUAUACGGGGCAAGAGCAAGAUGAGCUGACCUUUAAAGCAGGAGAUGAACUCAUCAAGCUAGAAGAUGAAGAUGAGCAGGGUUGGUGUAAAGGUCGACUGGUUAACGGUCAGCUAGGCUUGUACCCUGCUAAUUACGUGGAGCCCAUUUAAUAGUUUUGUGUGCUGAGCAACCUUUCCACAUCCUUAAAGACUUGAACUCGAGAGUACAGAGCAACCAUCUCAAUGCCUGACUUACUGAAGAUGCAUUUCCUCCUUAAUACAGUAACAAAACAUCUACAGUCUCCAAAACACAAAUCAUCAUUUCCUUCGUACCCCAGCAAGAGCAGGCAGUGGUUUUGUUCAUCUAAGUGGCCAUGUUCGGUAUGAAUUAUUGUGCUACUAACAUGUGUACAUGUACGGUCCGUAAUAAUAUUGUAAGUCCAUGAAGGCUUGCAUAGCAAAAUUCAGCUAUGCAAUGUGAAACUUCACUUAAAAAAGACUUUGGUGUUAUAAGGUUCAGUGUUCAAACUAGUGACCCUGUCGUAUUACAGUCCAUUUUGAUUUGAAGGGAUGGAAAAACACGGCUUGCUGACAUCAUCCAAAAAAAAAGGAAA